AUGUUUUGUGGUUCCAACACUUCAUUAGCAUCAGAGUUUGCCAAUCUUAUGAAGACAAGGUUUGAAAUGUCACUCUUGGGUACUCUCAAGUAUUUCUUAGGACUUCAAAUUGCUCAAACAUCCAAAGGAAUCUUUAUUUCACAACAAAAGUAUGCCUCAGAAUUACUCAAGAAGUUCAACAUGAAGGAUAGCAAGUCUGUUUCAACACCAUUGUGUCCCAAUACUAAACUGUCAGUUGAUUGUACUUCAGAAGCAGUUCCAUCCACACUUUAUAGGUCUAUCAUUGGCAAUCUACUUUAUCUCAUAGCUUCAAGACCUGAUAUAAUGUACUCAGUAGGAUUGGUAGCCAGAUUUCAAAGUAAUCCCAAAAUGUCUCAUCUCCAAGCUGCCAAACGCAUUCUCAGAUAUGUUAAGGGCACAAUCUCUUAUUGUCUACAUUACAUUUUUUCUCUAAUAAUGACAAAAGCUGUCUUUUCAGAUGUUGAUUGGGUGGAUCCUUACCUGACAAAAAGAGUACUUCUGGGUGCUGUUAUAUUCUUGGUUCUAAUGUCGUCUCCUGGCUUAGUAAAAAGCAAGACAUAG